UGUCACUAUUGUAUUUUAUGUCCGUAGUUCCGGGCUGGGCAAAGUAUCCUUGACCAUGGUCUUUGCUUCCCGUUGGUGCCUGGCCACAUCAUUCCGAACACGCUUGGCAUAGGCAAUACUGGAAAACAUGGGAUUGCAUGGGAUCAGUUCAUUUACAUCAGACUGGGCACUGUCUCCUGCAAUGAUAAUGGUGGGCCAGUGUUUUCCCUCUUCGUGAUGCGCAAUAUUCACUCUUAUAUAACCCUGUGUCCUUGAUGGAGUGUUGCAAUUCCCUCCCUCUUUCUUCCAACUACAGUUUUCUUCUACUUUAAUUUGUACUGUAUACAUACUAUACGUCUUUUCCAAGAUGAAGAAAAGCAUCAUUGGGUGGGUGUUAUCCGCAAUCGCCUUCAGCUCACCAGCUGCCUCGGACGGUCUUCCGCCGAACGGCGGUAUCAUUGUCAACGAGGCUCCUAACUUCGUGCGCCCCUAUGUCCUCCCAAAAUAUAAGGGUCAUGCAAUUAAGCUUACAACGUCGCAAACGAUCCGCUUCUCCAUUACGGCCAACUCUUCUGACGGCGCCUUCUCUCUGCUCCAGCACAACGGGAAGGCGUCAGGCUGGCUAUCCGCGCGGCCACACACCCACGGAGUGACCCAUGAGCACCUCUACUGCUCACGAGGUCGCUGUCAGCUCUGGGGCCUGAAAAACACUACAAAUGCAAGCCACGAGGCUCGUGUCGCAACACCAGGCGACUACGGGAAUAUCCCUCCAGGUUCCAUCCACACGUUCCAACUGGUUGAUCCUGACUCGCAGCUAACGCACGCCUUCCACCCCGCUGGGUUCGAGAAUCUUUUCAACGUCUUCAGCCAAGGAGAGCACGAGACUCACGGCGUCAGUUCGCCCUAUGUCCCCAGAACAGAUGAUCCUUCCCCCUUCGGGCCUAUGACACCUAAGGAAUACAACCUUCUCGUCUCACUCGACCUCUACGCCGCCCCAGAGGAAGAGUAUAUCCCUAGGCGCGACUUCGUGAACGGUACAGCCGGAGAUGCCAAGCACCCCUGGCACGAUGGACCCAAUACCUUAUCUGACGACUCAACGACGCCAUACUUCAUCGCCAAGGACUACGGUCCAAAAUACCUCAAUACUGACAUCGGAUACAAGGUCAUCCAGCCACUGACGACACCCGCACAAACCGACGGGAACUUCACCAUGGGAACGAUCAUCAUGUCCAGCAGGGUGGCGAACGAGUCUAUCUCGAGGGCAACCUUGCCGCAUCACUUCGCGCUCCAGAUGGAGGAGGGACAACUUGCUUUCCAGGUACAGGGUUACGAGAUGGUACAUUUGUUGCAUGGUGAUGUAGCUUUCGUUCCGGCUGGGACCCCAUUUUCAUACUAUGCUACAGUGCCCUAUACUAAAUUCAUGUAUUUGAAUGCUGGGGGUAAGGGGCUUGAGUAUGAGCUGUUGAGGAGGAGCGUGCCUUGGGAGUUCCCAGCUUAUCCUACAUACUCUGGGUUCAAGGCUCACGGCAAUGGAACUAAGGUGGCGUGAUGUGUAACCAAUUCGUGCAAGGUUCAGCCAUAUGUUUGCAAUUCGCACUGGGGCGAUAGAUUGGGUGGUGGUGGCGUCGAGAGGGGCAUUAUUU